AGUGUCAUAUUAAUUGCAAUAGCAGCAUGUGCAGUUGUGGGUAAUAUCAUCAUUCUGGCGGCAAUCAUUUUCAAAAAACGUCGCAUACGACAUAACUAUACGCGAACGACCUUUAUUUUAGUCGGAUCUCUAGCAGUUGCUGACAUCAUGGUCGGACUUCUAGCAAUGCCUUUCUAUAUAUUUUUAUUGUGGAAAAGAGGAAUUCGUAUAACGGAUUUUCUGUGUUCAGUGGCGUUUUCCUUGGAUGUGCUUGCGUGUUCGUCUUCAAUAUUUCAUAUCAUUAUGAUGGCUGUGGACAGAUAUCUGGCUAUAAGCCGACCUCUUUAUCACAAAAUCCUACCAUCGUACGUGUCGUUCAUUUUUGUAGCCAUUGCAUGGAUAGUACCAACUUUAAUUUCAGUACCACCCUUAUUAAGCAAUGCUCAUUUGAACGAAAAUAUGAACAUCAGCUGUGCCUUAUGUGAGUCAGAUACUCAUUUGAGUGUGGAAUAUCGUAUAACCUCGACAGUUCUGAGUUUUUAUAUUCCAGCUAUAAUAGUCUGUAUCUUAUACCUCAUGCUGUAUCUAACCAUAAAAAAACGACAGAUUGUGAGGGAAAAUAACUUAACCGAACUUCAAGGGAACGCAGAUAAAAAGAAGGUUUCACACGCAGAUUCCGCAGCUGCAAAAACAAUUGGUCUCAUUCUAUCGUGUUUUCUAAUUUCAUGGACCCCAUUUUUUGUCUUAAAUCUGUGUUUUCUUGGAACUGAAAAUGAAACAAUUCAAAUUAUAUUUGCGAUAACUGUUAUAUGGUCGUAUGCCAAUUCAAUGAUAAAUCCAUUCGUGUAUUAUCGCUGCAAUAAAAGCAUUAAAGAAACUGUCCGCGAUAUGUUUAAUUGU